AUGCGCAGUCUUCAGACCAAUCAGCAUGCACACAUUCAUAUAAAAGAAAGUCCAUAUUGCUGUUCUGAAUGUGGCAAAAGAUUUUCCAACAGCAGUCUUCAGGAACACUUAAGAAUUCACACUGGUGAAAAACCUUAUUGUUCUGAAUGUGGCAAACUAUGUUCCCAUCAUAGCAGUUUUCAGAAACAUUCAAAACUUCAUAAAGGAGAAAAACCUUAUUGUUGUUCUGAAUGUGGGAAGGGAUUUUUACUUCUGAGUAGGGUUCAUAAUCAUGUAAGAAUUCACAGUGGAGAGAAACCUUAUUGUUGUCCUAAAUGUGGCAAAUGGUUCUUGGACAUAAACCAACUUCAGAGCCACAGCAGAAUUCAUACUGGAGAGAAACCUCUCUGCUGUUUGGAAUCUGGCAAACGAUUUUCACACAGUAGUAAUCUUCAUAAUCACAUGAAAAUUCAUACUGGAGAAAAAACUUGUUGCUAUUCUGAAUGUGGAAAACAAUUUUCACAAAUAGGUCACCUUCAAAGCCACAUCAGAAUUCAUACUGGUGAGAAGCCCUUUUGUUGUACCGAAUGUGGUAAGCGUUUUUCACGUAACAGUGGCCUUCGUAGCCAUAAAAGAAUUCACACUGAUGAAAAGCCUCAUAGCUGUUCUGAAUGUGGCAAAUGUUUCACAGACCGGAAGAAUCUCACCAGCCACAUGAAAAUUCACACCGGCGACAAACCGUAUUUCUGUUCUGAAUGUGGUAGAUGUUUCACUCACAGAAGCAGUCUUCUUAGCCAUAUAACAACUCACUCUAGAGCAAAACUAAACUCUGAUUUUGAAGUGGCAAGCAAUUCUCAAAAGAAUGCCACAUGGGAAUUCAUGCUGGAGAAAAACUGUACUGUCGUUCAGAAUGUGGCAAACGAUUCUUCCAUAGUAUUGGUCUUCAGGUACACAUGA